AUGGCUGCUUGCCAUCCGACACCUGCCGUGCAACGCCUGCAGUUGCAGGACUCGACUCGGAUCAGCUACGGUGCGAUUAACGGCAUCGGUGCUCCAAGCCAGAAGACUCUUCAGCAGUCAAACCACCCGCCGCAUCUGCUUAAUUGGGUCUACCUGGCCAUCGCCGAGCAGAACCCGUCGCAGCCGCCCGAUCAGAACAAGCUGCUUCCUACGGUCUGGAACAAUUUUCCCGGCACGACGUCGCAGGCUUACAUGCACCAGGGCGGUUUGAAUCCGUCCGGAUCCGUCAGACCGAUGAGGAGCAGUGUGGCGGAGAGUAUCGCGGAUUUGGCGGAGCACUUUAAUGAAUUAACUUUAGGUUGCGAUAGAAAACCGACCAAGAGACCGCCGUCAACGUACCUGUGUCACUUGUGCUUCAAAAAGGGUCAUUAUAUCAAGGACUGCCCGCAGGCGCGGCCAAAGGGCGAGGGCACGACACCGUACCAGGGCAAGAAGCGGUGCUUCGGCGAGUACAAGUGUCCCAAGUGCAAGCGCAAAUGGAUGUCGGGCAACAGCUGGGCCAAUAUGGGCCAGGAGUGCAUCAAGUGUCACAUAAACGUGUACCCUCACAAGCAGAGGCCGUUGGAAAAGCCCGAUGGUCUGGACGUGUCCGAUCAGAGCAAGGUCCAUCCCCAACAUCUCUGCGAGAAGUGCAAGACAUUGGGCUUUUAUUGCAGACGCAGCGCGUCUAUGACUUAGCGACAGCCGAAUUCCGUCCAAUU